AUGAAGCUAUCACUCACAUUAUUUACACUUCUAAUAUCUAUAUAUUGUGCUGUACAUAGAGAAUAUUACGAUAUCUUGGGAGUCUCACAAAAUGCUUCAGUUUAGGACAUCAAGAAGGCCUAUCGCAAACUAUCCCAGCAAUACCAUCCAGAUAGAAAUCAAGGGGAUCCAGAUGCAAAUGAAAAAUUCUCGAAAAUCAACGUGGCAUACGAGGUACUAUCAGACCCGGAAUAGAGAAAAAAAUAUGAUAAGGGAGGUGUUGAUGGUCUCAAUAGUCAGGGAAUGUAGCAUCAUGAUCCAUUUGAUAUUUUCGGAUCAUUUUUUGGAAGAGAAUAAUAAGGAGAACGAAAGGGUCCAGAAUUGAAGGUUAAGGUUAGAGUCACAUUGGAGGAUAUUUACAAUGGCAAAGAGAUCCCAGUUUAUUUGACUAAAUAAAUAUUAUGUCCACAUUGUAGAGGAUCUGGUGCUGAUGACCCAGAUCUAGUAGAAACAUGUCCUACUUGUAAAGGUGUUGGAAGUGUAUAGAAAAGACAAUAAGUGGGUUUUGGAUUUUUUUAAACAUUCCAAGCCACGUGUGAAAGAUGUUAUGGAACAGGAAAGAUCAUCAAAAAAAAAUGCCAUCUUUGUAAAGGUGAUAAGAUCAUUCCUGGAGCUGAUAAUAUUAGUUUGUAUAUAGAAAAAGGAAUUUAGGACAAACAAACUAUUAAAUAUGAGAAUAUGGCUGAUGAACGUAAUGAUUCUGGCACUUCUGAUCUAAUCUUUUAAAUUGAAUAAAUACCUCAUGCAUUCUUUUAAAGACAAGGAACUGAUUUAAGAUGCAAAGUUGAAAUUACUUUGAAGGAAGCCUUGCUUGGUUUCAAGAAGAAGAUUAAACAUCUUGAUAAUCAUUUUGUGAGAAUUGAUAAGGAAGGCAUUACAAAGCCUGGAGAAGUCUAAAUUAUAAAAGGGGAAGGAAUGCCGCAACAUGAGUUUUCAUCUCAGCACGGAGAUUUAUAUGUAGAAUACAAAGUGGUAAUUCCAGAUUUCAAUGGAGAAUAACUUAGAUGUAAAUAUAAAUUAUUAUCACUUAGAAUGGUAAAAGUUCUUUUAAUGAAUAUAAUAUAAAUGUAUAAAUUUACAUGUUUUUGUUUAUUUAUGUGGCUUCAUAGUAAGAGUUUCUCAUCUAUUUUUUAUCAGAUAGUCAUUGAAAAUGAGCCAGAAUGUGUAAAUUUGUAAGACAUACCCAUACUGUAUGUGAAUUCAAUAGCCUUGUAAUUUAAGGAUGAAUAGAUGACGGAGUUUAAAGUCAUCGAAUUUGCAUUGAUAAUACUUUCAAUGUUGAUUAGUAUGAUCUGUGGUGCACGUUACUUGAUGUGA